CUCAGAGAGUUAACUUUUUUAAAUUUAAAUCCCGGUUUUGUCGCGUUAUCACACACGAGAGGAGGAGGUGGAGGAGGUGGAGGAGGGUCGGCGAGAGGAGAAAAAAGAGGGGGCUGAAAAGUCAGUCAUGGUUCGGAGGUUAGCGUGAAAGCCGGAGCGUCCACUUGCAACAGAACCCCGUUGAUAUUUAACCGUGAGGAGCAGCAGCAGCAGAAAUAGAAGAAGUAGAAGAAGAAGAAGAAGAAGAAGAAGCACAAGAAGAAGCAGCAGAAGAAGAAGAAGAAGCACAGCAAGAACAAGAGGGAAAGGGAAGCCCGGGGGAACGAGAGAUAAAGUGGGGUACAAGAUGCAGCUGGCCGCGGUGCUGUGGGGCUCCCUGAUAACUUUGCUGCUCAGCCAGAGUCCAGGAGUCCGGGGUAGUGCCGAGUGCUCGUGCGGGAGGAACCACUUCACGUGUGCGGUCAGUGCGUUCGGGGAGUGCACCUGCAUCCCGGCCCAGUGGCAGUGUGACGGGGACAACGACUGCGGCGACCACAGCGACGAGGACGGAUGCAUGCUCCCCACCUGCUCGCCGCUGGACUUCCACUGCGACAACGGAAAAUGCAUCCGCCGCUCCUGGGUGUGCGACGGAGACAACGACUGCGAGGACGACUCCGACGAACAGGACUGUCCUCCCAGGGACUGCGAGGAAGACGAGUUCCACUGCCAGAACGGCUACUGCAUCCGCAGCCUGUGGCACUGCGACGGGGACAACGAUUGCGGGGACAACAGCGAUGAGCAGUGUGACAUGCGCAAAUGUUCGGACAAGGAGUUCCGCUGCACGGACGGCAGCUGCAUCGCCGAGCACUGGUACUGCGACGGGGACACGGACUGCAAGGACGGGUCGGACGAGGAGAACUGCCCCUCCGACGUGAUGGCGGCCACCUGCAGCGUGGAGGAGUUCCAGUGCGCGUACGGCCGCUGCAUCCUGGACAUCUACCACUGCGACGGAGACGACGACUGCGGGGACUGGUCGGACGAGUCGGACUGCUCUUCCCACCAGCCCUGCCGAUCAGUGGAGUUCAUGUGCAGCAGCGGGAUGUGCAUCAACGCCGGCUGGAGGUGCGACGGCGAAUUCGACUGCGACGACCAAUCGGACGAGAAGAACUGCACCACGUCCAUGUGCACGGCCGACCAGUUCCGCUGCGGCACCGGACGCUGCGUCCGGUUGUCGUGGCGAUGCGACGGCGAGCCCGACUGCUCCGACCGCAGCGACGAAGAGGGCUGCGAGAAAACCGAGAGUCCGCCCUGCGCCCCCGAUCAGUUCCAGUGCGCCAACGGCCGCUGCAUCGGCCAGAGGAAGGUGUGCAACGAGGUCAACGACUGCGGAGACGGCACGGACGAACACCCGCACCACGACUGCCGUCCGCGCUCCAGCGAGGGCGACUGCAACCAGAACAACGGAGGCUGUUCCCAGAAGUGUCAGAUGGUCAGAGGCCUGGUCCAGUGCACCUGUCACACCGGAUACCAACUGAUGGACGACGGCAAUACAUGCCAGGAUGUGGACGAGUGUGCCGAGGACGGCUACUGCAGCCAGGGCUGUACCAACGCGGAGGGGGGGUUCCAGUGCUGGUGCGUCCAGGGCUACGAGCUCCGGCCCGACAAGCGCAGCUGCAAAGCUCUGGGUCCGGAGCCGGUGCUGCUGUUCGCCAACCGCAUCGACAUCCGCCAGGUGUUGCCGCACCGCUCCGAGUACACGCUGCUGCUCAACAACCUGGAGAACGCCAUCGCGCUGGACUUCCACCACAGCCGCGAGCUGGUCUUCUGGUCCGACGUGACGCUGGACCGCAUCAUGAAGGCCAACCUCAACGGCUCCAACGUGGAGGAGGUGGUCUCCACCGGUCUGGAGAGUCCAGGCGGCCUGGCCAUAGACUGGAUCCAUGACAAGUUGUACUGGACGGACUCCGGGACGUCCCGUAUCGAGGUGGCCAACCUGGACGGGACGCACCGCAAGGUGCUGCUGUGGCAGAACAUGGAGAAGCCCCGAGCCAUCGCGCUGCACCCCAUAGAGGGUAAGAUCUACUGGACCGACUGGGGCAACACGCCUCGCAUCGAGUACUCCAACAUGGACGGCUCCAACCGGCGGGUCAUCGCCGACACACACCUGUUCUGGCCCAACGGCCUCACCAUCGACUACGCCGGCCACCGCAUGUACUGGGUGGACGCCAAGCACCACGUCAUCGAGAGGGCGGACCUGGAUGGACGCAACCGCAAGGCCGUCAUCAGCCAAGGCCUGCCCCACCCGUUCGCCAUCACCGUGUUCGAGGACAGCCUCUACUGGACCGACUGGCACACCAAGAGCAUCAACAGCGCCAACAAGUUCACGGGCAAGAACCAGGAGAUCAUCCGCAACAAGCUGCACUUCCCCAUGGACAUCCACACGCUGCACCCGCAGCGGCAGCCGGCAGGCGGCAGAAACCGCUGCGGCACCAACAACGGCGGCUGCAGCCACCUGUGUCUCCCCAGCAACACGACGCACACCUGCGCCUGCCCCACCGGCUUCAAGAAGGUGGACCACUCCAACUGCGCCGACGGUCUUGACAAGUUCCUGCUUUUUGCCCGAAGGACGGACAUCCGACGAGUCAGCUUCGACACCGAGGACAUGUCCGACGACGUCAUCCCUCUGGCCGACGUGCGCAACGCCGUGGCGCUGGACUGGGACGCCAAAGACGGCUUCAUCUACUGGACGGACGUCACCACCGACUCCAUCAACAGGGCGCUGUGGAACGGCACCAAGCAGGAGGUGGUGGUGGACACCAGUCUGGAAAGCCCGGCCGGUCUGGCGAUUGACUGGCUGACGAACAAGCUCUACUGGUCCGACGCCGGCACGGAUCGCAUCGAGGUCUCGAACGCCGACGGCAGCAUGCGCACCGUCCUGAUCUGGGAGAACCUGGACCGGCCCAGGGACAUCGUCGUGGACCCGAUCGGAGGUUUCAUGUUCUGGACCGACUGGGGCGCCAACCCCAAGAUCGAGCGCGCCGGAAUGGACGCCUCCGGCCGCGUCGUCAUCAUCUCGUCCAACCUGACGUGGCCCAACGGGCUCGCCAUCGACUACGAGACCCAGCGCCUGUACUGGGCCGACGCCGGCAUGAAGACCAUCGAAUUCGGCAACUUUGAUGGUUCCGACCGGCAGGUUCUGAUUGACAGCCAGCUGCCGCACCCCUUCGGCCUCACCGUACACGAGGACAAGCUGUACUGGACGGACUGGCAGUCCAAGAGCAUCCAGAGCGCCGACAAGCUCACCGGGUUGGACCGGCGCACGCUCGCCGAGAACCUGGAGAACCUCAUGGACAUCCACAUGUUCCACCGGCACCGAGACACAGUGCGUAACCCGUGUGCGGAGAGUAACGGGGGCUGCAGCCACCUCUGCCUCCUGGCGCCGGCUCCCAAAGCCUCCAGCUGUGCCUGUCCCACUGGCAUCAACCUGCAGGAGGACGGAAAGACCUGCACGCCCGGGAUGAGCAGCUUCCUCAUCUUCGCUCGGAGGACGGACAUCCGUAUGGUUUCUCUGGACAUCCCCUACUUCGCCGAUGUGGUUCUGGCCGUCAACGGCUCCAUGAAAAACACCAUCGCCAUCGGGGUCGACCCCAAAGAAGGUAAAGUGUAUUGGUCCGACAGCACGCUGAAGAAAAUCAGCCGAUCCGACUUCGACGGAAAAGCGCAAGAGACGAUCGUCUCUACAGGGCUGGUGACGACGGACGGCCUGGCGGUGGAUGCCGUCGGCAGGAAGAUCUACUGGACGGACACGGGCACCAACCGCAUCGAGGUGGCCAACCUGGACGGCUCCAUGAGGAAAGUUCUGAUCUGGCAGAACCUGGACAGCCCUCGGGCCAUCGCCCUCUACAACGAGAAGGGCUACAUGUACUGGUCGGACUGGGGGGAGCACGCCAAGCUGGAGCGCUCGGCGAUGGACGGGUCGGACCGCGUGGUCCUCAUCAGCAACAACCUGGGCUGGCCCAACGGCCUGGCCAUCGACACGGCCGGAUCGCAGCUGCUGUGGGCCGACGCCCACACCGAGCGCAUCGAGGCGGCCGACCUGAACGGGCAGAACCGCCACACCCUGGUGACGCCGGUGCAGCACCCGUACGGCCUGACCCUGCUGGGGUCCCACAUCUACUGGACCGACUGGCAGAGCCGCAGCAUCCAGCGGGCCGACAAGAGCUCCGGCACCAACACCAUCACGGUGCGGGCCAACCUGCCGGGCCUGAUGGACAUCCAGGCCGUGGACAGGGAGAGGCCACUGGGUUUCAACCGGUGCGGCCAGAGGAACGGCGGCUGCUCCCACCUCUGCCUGCCCCGCCCCAACGGCACGUCCUGCGCCUGUCCCACCGGCAUCCUGCUCAAGGGCGACGGCAGGUCGUGCGACGACUCGCCCGAGUCCUACCUGCUCUUCUCCAACCGGGUCAGCGUGCGGCGCAUCUCCCUCGACACCGACGACCACACCGACGUGCACGUGCACGUGCCCGAGCUGCACAACGUCAUCUCGCUGGACUACGACAGCGUGGACGCCAAGCUCUACUACACCGACGUCACCCUGGACGUCAUCAGGCGCUCCAACCUGGACGGCAGCGGCAUGGAGACGGUGAUCAGCCAGGGCCUGAAGACCACGGACGGGCUGGCCGUGGACUGGGUGGCCCGGAACAUGUACUGGACCGACACGGGGCGCAACACCAUCGAGGUGGCCCGCCUGGACGGGACUAGCCGCAAAGUCCUGGUCAACAACAGCUUGGACGAACCCCGAGCCAUCGCCGUGUUCCCGAGCAAAGGGUACCUGUUCUGGACCGACUGGGGUCACAUUGCGAAGAUCGAGCGCGCUCACCUGGACGGCUCGGACCGGAAGGUUCUGAUCAACACGGACCUGGGCUGGCCUAACGGCCUCACGCUGGACUACGACACCCGAAGGAUCUUCUGGGUGGACGCGCACCUGGACCGGAUCGAGAGUUCGGACCUGAACGGGAAACUGCGUCAGGUCCUCGUGAGCCCGGUGUCCCACCCGUUCGCCCUCACGCAGUUGAAGCCGGUGUCCUCCCCUUUAACCACUUUCUCCCGACUCUCGCAGCAAGACCGCUGGAUCUACUGGACGGACUGGCAGACUAAGUCCAUCCAGCGGGUGGACAAGCACAGCGGCCGCAACAAGGAAACGGUGCUGGCCAACGUGGAGGGCCUCAUGGACAUUAUAGUGGUGUCGCCGCACAGACAGACGGGUACCAAUCUCUGUGGCGUAAACAACGGCGGCUGCACUCACCUCUGCUUCGCCAAGACCAACAGCUUCGUGUGCGCCUGCCCCGACGAACCCGAAGUGCGACCCUGCUCCACCAUUUCAGGUUACAUCCCCACGUCUCCUGACCGAGGGACCAGCAGCACCCUGGUCCCCAACAAGCUCCCCAAAGCUCCAACGGACACCCCGCACGGAGGAGCCUCGCCGGUCAACUGCACUGACAAGAACCUGAACGUGGAAGGCUGCGUGAGCAACGUGGUGACGGCGCCUCACGGGGAAGGACUUCACAUCAGCUACGUGAUCGGAGGAGUUCUGACCAUCCUGGCUAUUCUGAUCCUCAUCGCCGCCUUGAUUAUUUACCGACAUAAGAAGUCGAAGUUCGCCGACCCCGGCGUGAGCAACCUGACCUACAGUAACCCCUCGUACCGGACGUCCACGCAAGAGGUGAAGAUCGAGGCGUCGCAGAAGCCUCCGAUAUACAACCAGCUCCGAUAUAAGAAAGAGGGGGGCGUGGACGGCGGCUACACCCAGGAGAAGAUCCGCAUCGUGGAGGGCGUGUGCCUGCUGUCCAGCGACGAGCUGUACUGGGACGACCUGAAGCGGGCCAAGCCGUCCCGCUGCGGCGGCGGCGGCGGCCUGCACGCCUGCAUGCGCACCGACACCGUGUCGCUGCAGACCAGCAGCGCCUCGCUGGACGACGGCGAGACGGAGCAGCUGCUGCAGGAGGAGGCGUCCGAGUGCUCCUCUAUCGCCACCAUGACCCCGUCGGCCGACACCCCUCAGCGUGGCCACGCCCACCACCAGCACAGCCUGCCCGACACCGGCUGGGCCUCCGCGCGCAAGCCCUCCACCGAGAGCGAGGUGUGAGGGGAGCCCCUCCCCCUCACCCCCACUGCCCUCCACACUCCGCCUCAACCUCCGUUACCUAACACACACACACACACACACACACACACACACCUGUAUUUAUAGCAUAUUUUUUAGAGGUACAAAUGAAACUGGUUAGUCACAACUAAGCUCCACAAACACACUCCUGUCUCUGAAAUGGGCUCCGUCUCACACACACGCACACACACACACACACACACACACACACACACACAGUCCAGUCCUCCAACAGUACCCCUCACUGCCUGAUAAACUAAUGAGCAUGCUGGAAUAAGAGAGUAAAGGACUCCGGGGAGGAAGUGAACAGAGAGACGUGCGAGCGUUAUCCGUUCCCCGGAGUUUAUUUUAUUUUUUAAGGAUGCAAACUCUCACUGCGACAAACGCUUCUCCUCCGCGUACAACGCCGCUUUUUGUGUUUUUGUUGUUGUUGUUUCUUUGUGAACAUUUCUUUAUUUUGGACGACGCCAGAGCGCCGCGACGCUCUCCUCCAACGCCACUCACGUCUUUUGUGAACUCUUAUUUAUGAACGUUGUUUAUUCCUUCUUCCUCUUUGUUGUUGUUUUUUUUACUUGUGGAGUUGUGGGUUUGCUGACUUUUUAAGGGGAGGAAACCCACAACAUGAACCCCCCCCCCCCCCCCCCCAGGCGAGAGAGUGUGGACCCGGGGAUCCACCAGUUGUAUUUAUGACGGUGCCAAAAGGGGGCGGGGCUUCAGAGUCCCCGCGCUUCUUUCAGCACUCACACUUCAAGAGCGACGUAUCUUAGUCACGGGAUGUUUGUUUGUUUCGUUUGACUUCCCUCACUUGCCCCUCGCCGGUGGGACCCCUCAGUGACCCCUCAGUGACCCCCCCCCCCCCCGCCGCUUCUAAAUCCUUAUCUUACAGCCUCCAACAGGUCAAAGCAGGAGAGUAGAAGUCCAUUCAAGAGUCAUCUCAAAGAAGCCAUUUUUAUUCUUUUUUUUAUCUCACAAUGUAACCCUUGCCGAGUAGAGGAGGCCCCGAUGGAGCAACAGCCCCCCAAGUGCCACACACGACGUUCUUUCUACGCCUUCAGCUGUAUAAUAAUGUUUUAUUGGUUCCCCCAAAUCGCAAAAGAAUCACAUCAUAUCAGUAGCACUCGGCGCUUCGGCCAUGCAGAUACUUGUGGUUGUAUUUACUCAGGUGUUAGACGGGUGUCUCUGAGAUUUACGAUGCCCUAAAAUGCUACAUUUUUUUUUUGGAGGGGUGGAAAGGGGGCGGGGGGGGGGGGUUCUCAAAGCAAAUUCUCAUCGAGUGAUUUUUCUCUCAUCGGUCUUUCUAAAAAAAAAAAGUCUAACAUGUCCCCGAGAUCAACUAGCCGCACGAAUGACCGUCUGCAGUAGCACUUACAGAUAGAAUGUUUCACUCCUUUUAUUGGAACAACAAAAACAUUUUGAAGAGCUAAAUACAUAAAUAACUCUUGGGCCUGUCCGUUCUCACGUGGCACGGAUACCGGGUUAAAGGCCGGUUACAGGCGUAAAUAUUAGAAGAAGACAAAAACGUGAAUUUUGAAAGAUUUUGUCUCCAAUUGUCAGUGUGAUUUAUUUGUAUUCCUUCAUUCUGGAAUAUUAACACAAAAAGCUGCGGCUCCUCUCGGGGUCUCCGUUGUGUUCGAGGCCCGGUGAAGUUUCAGAGGUGAACAUAUAUUAUUUUUUAAACUGUCAACCAAAAGUAUCUGCAUGGCGAAAAACACCGCUGGAGGCAAACGAGGAGAACAUGUUGAGUUGUUUUUUGUCAUUUGAGUUCUGAUCCACGACUCGGACUCACGAAAGAGUAACUUAGCGACGCGGUGCCCGGCUGACCCCGUCAGACAGCGAGGGUUACCGUUUAGAAAUGUAUCACUGAGAGAAAAAAACAGGAACUUUAAUACAAGUAAAGAUAUUAUGAUGCAUCGCUUUAACUUUUUAGAGUGCGGAAACACUAUAUUGCUAUAUUGACAAAUAUAUCGGUUAGACUUUAUAGAACCAUGUAUAUUAUUAUUUUUUAAGUAUCUGCCACGGGCUCAGCGACGUGCUGAUUUGCUGCUAGACGAAGCACUGAGGCCAAUGAAAGAGGGUCUUGGCAGCUACGUAUCACUCCGGUCUCCUGGCUCCGCCCACACAGCGGCCCGGUAGCCAAUCGCCGCGGCUCACGGCCCCCUCCGACUCUGCUGCAGGAAAUGCGAAAAAACUACAGAUUUUAUCACAAUGCGGAUACAAGCGAACAUUUUCUGUUUAAGAUAUUGUGUUGAUUUUAAGUUGUAUAGUCUUUUGUACAAAGGGAUUUCAUGAGCGUUUUUAGACUAAUUUUACUCACUGGAGAAGAAUUUGUUUUUUUUGUUUUUGUUCCCCCCCCCCCCCCCCAGCUGGAUUCUUUUAACCACUGUUGUUUCCAAGCCUUGUAAAUGAUAGGGAAGAUGCCAGUUAUUUAAUAGUGCUCUUUUGGGUUUUUCUUUAUGAAAUACUGGUUUGCGUAUAGCUGUUGUAAAGUUAACAAAAAAGAGGUAUUUAUGAUUUCUGUUUGAUUGUCACUUGAUGUGUAAAUAUGAAAAGACUGUAUAUGUAUUUCCAUGGCAGUACUAACAAGCUGUGUUGUGUGAUAUAGUGAAUGGUCCCUUUGCUAUCUUUUAAUAUAAAAUUGCAUUUGCAUUUCAAUGAAA